UUGUCAAAAAUGUUUGCAAAAUAGAAAACGUCAAAUAUAUGUGAAAAUUCGCUAAAAAAUAAACAGAUAGGUAUAAUUUUAUUUUUAUUAAAACAUGAGUGGCGUGGAAAAUGCGUACUGUCGUCUUUGUGCCACAUUAAAAUCUAGCACGAAACUCGUAGACCUUGCAAUGGAGGAAGAAACUCGUGAAUCAGUAAUAAACAAAUUAAACAGAUUUAACAUAAACAUGAAUUUCAAUACGUUAGAGGAUAGAUUACCUUGUACCGUAUGUUUAACGUGUAUUAACUCUCUUGAUAAAUCGUUUGAUUUCAUUUGGGAGGUCGAAAAAGCACAAAAAGUUUUAGAAGAUUUAACUGAAAUCAAAAAUAUAAAAAAAGAAAAUCGUGUGUCUGAUGAUGACAUUUACGAAUCAUCUUCACCGGUAUUGGAUGUUAACAUAAAAAUUAAAUCGGAAAGUGACGGUCAAAUUCCCCAAACGGACCUCAAAUCAGAGAAACCCGUUAAAAAGAAGCGAAACAAAAUUGAAGUAAUCCAUGAUCUGGACGGUUUACCUUUAGCUCAGUUAAAAAUGUCCUGGAAGGAUUAUUCAUGGCAAUGUGCUUAUUGCGAAACACUAUUCCCCUCUAUAGAUGAACUUAAAAUCCACUCAUUGCAGUUCCACGAGUGCUGCAACCCAUACAGAUGCACAGAUUGUAAUAUACGUAAAUUAAAACUAGAUAGCUUCAUUGCACAUGUAAAACGUCACCGAAAGUACUUAAAACUGUCUUGUUUCAAAUGUCACAAGAAAUUUUCUAAAACGUCACAUGUACGAAUACACUAUAACACACAUAUUAAAACAAAACAUAUUUGCACUGGCUGUAAUGAAACAUUUAAAUCUUCUGAGGAACUUAAUCAGCACAGCAACACAUUCAACAGAGAUUUACGAAUAAGGCAGCUACCCCCCAUGGCAUUACAAAACUUAAACGACGGUCUUACUUGCAUGAUCUGUCAAAAAACAUUUAAAUACAAAGGAACUCUUACAAAUCAUCUAUUGAUUCAUACUGAACGUAAACGGGAUCACACUUGUGAGAAAUGUGGCAAAAGAUUUCUGAGUAAGCAGAAUUUAGCUGGACAUAUGAUGCUUCAUGAUGAUAUUCGACCUUUUCCUUGUGAAAUUUGUAAGUUUAGAUUCAGAACACCGGGACAACUAAGAAUGCAUGUAGGCAUUCAUGACGGGGUCAAACCAUUUGAAUGUGAUCAGUGUGGUCGAUGUUUUCGUUUGCGGAAACAACUAAUGAAUCAUAGUAUUAUACACACUGACACCAUGCCCUAUGUCUGCUCAUAUUGCAACAAAGGUUUUCGUUUCAAGAGUAUACUAGAUCAACAUAUACGUCAGCACACUGGAGUCAAACCAUAUUCCUGCCAACUUUGUGAAAGACAAUUCACUAAUUGGCCAAAUUAUAACAAACAUAUGAAAAGAAGACAUGGUACGAACAUGGCAAAGAAGAAACGCACACCAAAGGGAGUUUAUCCGAUUGAUCCAGUUACUGGAGAAAUGAUUAUGUACGAAGAAACAAAUAAAACGAAUGAAUGGAAAAAGGAACUUUUAGAAGGAUCAAGGAAACCAGGUCGGCCAAAACUUAACCAUAACGACAUUAACAUAAAUACAACAUCUGAGGAUAUAGAACUUUUAAAUAAUUAAAUUAAACAGAUUUUAAUAUAUGAAAAGACAAUAUAAAUUAUGUACAAAUCAAUUUGAAUGAAUGGUUUUCUAUUAAAAGGCGAUA